AUGCUCUCUGCACGGAUCCUUAGCUCGCACCCGCUCGUCGUGAAACGAGCUGCGCGCCGCUUCGGGUUACUGCCGAAGACCGUCGUUGUAACCCUGGAAAAGUGGGGGUUACCGGCGAAUACCGUGGUGUCUGAGGAGGCGGCAUCUGCCGGUGCUGAUGUUGGCGGUGCGGGUUUAGAUGCGAAGGAGAAGCAGCAGCGGCAGCAGCUGCAGAAGCAGCAGCAAGAGCAGCAGGAGACGACUCGAAUUUCCUUUUCCAUCACGGUCCCGUUUUCCGAGUUCCUUUACCACGUGAAGAAGGAUAAUAUCGUGUCGAUUACUGUAGACGGCGACAAGGUGUCGUUCGUCCUGCGACGCCCCGAGUUCGCAAAAGGGCACAAGGCGACGGAGUUACAACCCAUGAUUCGCCAAGUGGAAAGAAUGGCAGAGAGCAAGUGGAAGGAAGCUGGGGAAGUUUCCGGGAAGAAGGUGGGGAAGAUGCCACCUGUCCAGGUGCAGCUGACCACGGUGAAGCCUGCUGACGUGGCGGUCCCGUACGCGGAGCUGAUGUCACGCCACGUGGAGUUUGGUGCUCCGGAUAAGGCAUCAUUUAAACUCGUGAAUACGAUCUCGUCCACUCUGUUAUAUGCGGGGAUAGCAGCCGUUGUGCUCUCACGCCUGCAGAUGAAGCUCCCUCAGUUUGGGGGUAAGACGCGCAGUCAGAAGGGCAAGGCGCCGCCAGUGCUGUUUGCUGACGUGGCAGGGGUGGAUGAGGCGAAAGAGGAAUUGGAGGAGAUUGUGGAGUACCUCCGCACGCCUGAACGUUUCACUCGACUGGGAGCUCGACCGCCCAGAGGAGUGCUGCUGGUUGGGCCGCCAGGUACGGGAAAGACGAUGCUGGCCAAGGCAGUGGCAGGGGAGGCGGACGUACCCUUUAUAAGCUGCAGCGGUAGCGAGUUUGUGGAGCUGUAUGUGGGGCUGGGGGCGUCGCGAGUGAGAGACCUGUUCGCUCAGGCAAAGAAGGACUCGCCCUCCAUUGUCUUUAUUGAUGAGAUUGAUGCAGUGGCCAAGGUGCGGGAUGGGCGCAUGCGCAGUGUGGGGAACGACGAGAGAGAGCAGACCCUGAACCAGCUGCUCACUGAGAUGGACGGGUUUGACAGCAGCACAGCAGUCAUUGUACUCGCAGCCACCAACAGAGCUGACGUCAUCGACCCCGCCCUGCGCCGCCCGGGGCGAUUCGACCGGAUCGUAGCGGUGGAGCCUCCGGAUCGCAAGGGGAGGGAGGCGAUUCUGACGGUGCAUGUGGAGCAGAAGGAGCUGCCUCUGAGCAGCGAUGUGAACAUUCAAGAGAUUGCCGUUGCCACCAGCGGGUUCACAGGAGCUGAUCUGGCCAAUCUGGUGAAUGAGGCGGCGUUGCUGGCAGCAAGGAGGGACCAUGAGGAGGUGGCGAGGCAGGACUUCGACAGCGCUGUUGAACGGGCUCUUGCUGGAAUUGAGAAGAAACGGUCAGCUUUGGGUCGGGCAGAAAAAGCCGUGGUAGCACGGCACGAAGCAGGCCAUGCGCUGCUGGGGGCAGCCAUUGCAAAAGUUCUACCUGACCAGCGGGUAGUCCAAAAGAUCUCCAUCGUACCUCGGUCGGGCGGCGCGUUAGGAUUCGCCUACAUGCCGCCCCCAGCGGACGGCGAGGAGCGUCUUUUAGUGUUCGUCGAUGAGCUCCGCGGCCAGCUCGCCGUCCUUCUUGGGGGCCGGGCGGCAGAAGACGUCUGUUACGGUGGGAGAAUCUCUACAGGAGCAGUAGACGAUAUUCGGCGCGCUACAGACAUGGCAUACAAGGCUGUAGCGGAAUAUGGGCUGAGUGGGACCAUAGGGCCAAUGUCAGUGGGUACCCUGGCCGGAGGGGGGUUGGAUGGAGGGGGAGGGUUUGCCUGGGGAGGGAAGGACCAGGGGAGGCUGUCGGAUCAGGUGCAGGAUGAGGUGCAGCAGCUGCUGCAGGCGGCUCUAGAGGUGGCGCGGGCCGUGCUGGUGUGCAACAGAGGGCUUCUUGAAGACCUGGGAAGGACGCUGCAAGCAUCGCGGGCAACUGAAGCCGUCACGAUGUUGGACCAUUUCUCGAUAUUUACGCGCGGCGGGCUGGUCCUCUGGACGUUCCAGAUGACGGCCAUGAAAGGCUCGCCGAUCGAUGCGCUGAUUCAAAACUGCCUGCUGCAGGAGCGGUCCGGCGAGAAGACGUUCCAGUACAACGCCAAGGACCAGUCGGCUUAUACCUUAAAGUGGUCGUUUCAUAACGAGUUAGGGUUGGUGUUUGUCGCGGUGUACCAGCGUAUGCUGCAGCUGCUUUAUGUGGAUGAUCUGUUAAUGGCUGUUAGGGAUGAGUUUGCGGAUGGACACUACGAUCCGAAGAAAACGGCUUAUCCGGAUUUUGACGACGUUUUUAAACAGCUUCUUCGCGAAUCUGAACAGCAUGCGAACGAGUUGAAGCGGCCGAAGCAGGUUACCAAUUUCGGCGAAACGAAAAAGGGGAAAGGCAUGCACAAGGCCACGGGAUCGGGGAAAGGGAAGGGAGCAGGAGCUAAUCAGAGGAAGGGAGGCGCGGCGAAGGAUGACGGGGACAGCGGGAGUGAUGAAACCGGCGACGAGGACGGAGCGGCGAACAGCGAGGCAGAGCAGCCGGCUAGCCGUCCCACCAGCAGCUCUGCCGUAUCGUCUGCCGGCGCGUUUGACGUCUCGAAGCUGCGUAACCGUGCGAACCGCAGCAAGCAAGCUUCUGCGAAAAAAACCGGUAACGGACUUUUCGAUUUCCCGCUGAAUCCCGCAAAAGGCGGCGGGAAAUCUGACGGAAAAGCCGACGGAAGCGCGUCGGAAAGCGAGUCGAAGAAACCGAAGAAGCAGAUGAGGAAGUGGGAUAACGACGGGCCGGCUUUGGAGCGGCAGGACUUCUCGGAAGCUUCGGAUCAUGACACUGACGUGGAGGUUGUCGACGUGGCAAAGGUGGGGAAGAGCAUGAUGGAUCGAGAGGCUGAGCUGGAAGAGGAGGAGGACGCGGAGUGGGGAGGGGAGGACGAGGAUGAGGAGUCGGAGGAGGAAGAGGGGAGGGAGCGGAAGGGGUCGCGCAGGCACGUGGGUCGCGGGGAUGAUGACAGCGAGGGGAAGAAGACCGGCUGGCUCGCUUCUGUUUUCCAGAGCGUGGUGGGCAAGGCAUCUCUGGAGCUGGCGGACAUAGAGCCGUCGCUCAAGGUGCUCAAGGACCGACUCAUGACCAAGAACGUGGCGGAGGAGAUAGCAGAGAAGCUGUGCCGCUCUGUGGCAUCGAGCCUGGUGGGCAGCAAGCACGCGUCCUUCACUCGCAUCUCGUCCUCCGUGCAGGCCGCCAUGGAGGACGCCCUCACGCGCAUCCUCACGCCCAAGCGCUCCAUCGAUAUCCUGAGGGAUGUACAGGCUGCCAAGGAAGCAAAUCGGCCCUACGUGGUGGUCUUUGUGGGGGUGAACGGGGUGGGCAAGUCCACCAACCUGGCCAAGGUGGCCUACUGGCUGUCACAGCACGACAUCAAGGUGAUGGUGGCGGCGUGUGACACCUUCCGCGCAGGCGCUGUGGAGCAGCUCCGCACUCACGCCAGGAGGCUGCAGAUCCCUCUGUUUGAGCGGGGGUAUGAGAAGGACCCGGCAGUAGUAGCAAAGGAGGCGAUCAGGGAGGCGACGCGCACCAAGAUGGAUGCAGUGCUGGUGGACACGGCUGGGCGCAUGCAGGACAACGAGCCGCUCAUGCGCGCGCUCUCUAAGCUAAUUAACAUCAACGAGCCUGAUCUGGUUCUGUUUGUGGGGGAGGCACUGGUGGGCAACGAUGCAGUGGAUCAGCUGACCAAGUUUAACCAGCGCUUGGCUGACCUCUCCUCAGCGCCCACUCCCCACGCCAUUGAUGGCAUUUUACUCACCAAGUUUGACACUAUUGAUGAUAAGAUGUACACUGACCUGCGCCGCCUCAAUGUGAAGCACAUUAUCCGUGCGCUGCUGCAGUAG